AUGACAUCUACUCCAAGAUCGGCGCGGUCGACGCUGCCUUUCUUGCCCGGCUACACGGCUCACGACCUUAGAUUCAACAGCCGGAAGCCACAGACCCUCUCUUGGGGUCCUGGUGGGUCGACAGAUGCCUUCCACAAGUUGAAGCAGAAGGUUCACAAGGUUCCCACACUAAAUCUGGCAAUUGUUGAGAAGCUCCGCGAUCCAUUCCAUCGCUAUGAUAUGUCUUACAGGUCACCGACGCAUGACGAGAAAUCUUUCAUGAGGGAGUCUGCUCGCAACACAUAUCGGCCGGCCAUCCCGCCAGCCUGGUUGCAGCAUGACCGGCAAGUUCUGAAGUUCAGUGCCUACUCUCAGGAGCCGGUCUAUGAAAGCCCAAAGGAAGCCUUCCGCAUUCGAUGCUGCAACGUUUAUUUCUAUUUAGAAGACGGGACAAUGAUGGUGUCGGAGCCGAAGGUGGAGAACUCGGGCAUGUCUCAAGGCACCUGGAUAAAACGGCACCGUCUGCCCAAACCCGAAUGCAUGGGUGGGGGUCUCUACACAUGUGAUGACCUGAGGGUGGGAUGCACCAUUAGCAUCUACUCUCAGCUUUUUCGUCUCGUGGCGUGUGAUCAGUUCACUAGAGACUUUUAUCAGCAUGCGCUCGGCGUAGAGAUGGAGGCUGAUGAGGAUGCUCCACUCGACUCGUUCCGGGCAUCUGAGAUAGAGGAUAAUGCGCCGGAGACGAAGGCUCUCAUUGCUGCGAGAAGUGCGCGCCUUGCUGAGAGCAAGGAGUAUCAUCAUCUUUCUGCCGGCGGCAACCGCAAGAAUGCAAAGCUGGAGCAGUAUUUGGAGAACGACCGGAAGGUGUUGCGAUUCAAUUGCUAUUGGAACGACCACACCAAGUACGGCACUCGCCAGUACUACACCUUGCACUACUAUCUAGCAGAUGACACCGCUGAAAUAUUGGAGAACAUGUCCAGGAACUCUGGCCGGGAUCCAUAUCCAACGUUUUGGAGGCGGUCACCCUUGCGCAAGAGCCCUAAUAUCAGCGCGAUACCGGGAAUGGACGUCGAAUCGGUCGUGUACAAACCGGAGGACUUGCUGAUUGGCGAGUGUGUUCAAGUGCUUGGACGCGACGUUUUUCUCUACGACUGUGACUCCUUCACGCGGGACUUCUAUCGCCAGUUCAUGAAUUUGGAACAGGACUCCAUUCCGAUCGAAAACCCCCAGCUGGUACACACCAAGCUGCGAUUUCCACCUCACAUCGGCUUCGGUUCUGAGGAGGACUCACUGGCCAGCUGUUUGAGACUGCGACCACGGCCCCCGCAGCGGGACAUGAAGAAGCUGAUAGCAGACGCUGAGAAGGUGAUGCGCUUCGAAGCCGUCCUCGUGAAUAGUAUUCCACAAGAUCAGAAGAGGAGGUUUGUCGUUGCCGUAUUCUUGGCUGAUACCAGCAUUGGAGUGUGGGAGUUCAAGAAUCGAAACUCUGGUCAUACAGAGGGAAAGUUUGCAAACAAAGCACGGAGGAAAAACCCGAUGACCAGAAUGUGGUUCCGCCAAUCAGAUUUUUUUGUGGGAGCGACAAUCGAAGUAAAUGCCAGCCCAUUUCGGCUGAUCUGGGCUGAUGAUGCUGCCUUCAACUACAUGGAAGAGCAUGCUGACGAAUUUCCACGUUCAAACGUUGACGUCAUCCUCUCCAAGAUCGCGCCUUUUGCAGAAGAUCUGCGAAAGGUCCCUGGCAUCAUGGAGUGGAAAGAUUUGCAAGCGCUUGCAAAGGAGAUGGAUCUGCACCUCGUGGAUCAGGAGGUAAUUGCUUUGGCAAGAGCUUUUGGCACCUAUCAAGGCCAUCCUAAGUGCCGGGCAACUAUUGAUGUUUCCAGGGUGGUCUCGGCAUUGCAGUGA